CCAGUUGAUGGAGAAUAAGAUCAGUGUGGUAGAGAGAGGAGCCUUCCAGGACCUGAAGGAGCUCGAGAGACUGCGUCUGAACCGGAACAGUCUCCAGGUUUUUCCAGAGCUUUUGUUCCUGGGAACACUGAAACUCUACAGACUUGAUCUCAGUGAGAACCAGAUUCAGGGGGUUCCCAGGAAAGCCUUCAGGGGAGCCGUAGAAAUCAAGAACCUCCAGCUGGAUUAUAACCAGAUCGGCUGUAUAGAGGACGGAGCGUUCAGAGCUCUACGAGACCUGGAAGUACUAACUCUGAACAACAACAAUAUAAGCCGUCUGUCGGUGGCCAGUUUCAACCACAUGCCCAAACUGAGGACCUUUCGUCUCCACUCCAACAACCUGCUGUGUGAUUGCCACGUGGCCUGGUUGUCAGAGUGGUUGAGACAGCGCCCCCGUCUGGGUCUUUACACUCAGUGCAUGUCUCCUCCUACCAUGAGGGGACACAACGUGGCUGAGGUCCAGAAGAAAGAGUUCGUAUGCACAGGCCACCAGUCGUCCCCCUCCUGCAGUGUCCUCCAGUGUCCUGAGUCGUGUACCUGCAGUAACAACAUCGUGGACUGUAGAGGGAAGAGUCUGACUGAGAUACCUGGUAACCUGCCUGAGACCAUCACAGAGAUUCGGUUGGAGCAGAAUUCCAUCAAGAGUAUUCCUGCUGGAGCCUUCUCUCCUUACAAGAAGCUACGCAGAAUAGAUCUCAGUAAUAACCAGAUAUCAGAACUGGCACCAGAUGCAUUCCAAGGCCUGAGAUCUCUCAACUCUCUGGUUCUCUACGGGAAUAAGAUCACGGAAAUCUCCAAAGGAUUGUUGGAGGGACUGUUCUCUCUGCAGCUACUGCUGUUGAAUGCUAAUAAGAUAGCGUGUUUGCGUGUGGACGCAUUCCAAGACCUCCACAACCUCAACUUGCUCUCUCUGUACGACAACAAACUACAGACCAUCGCUAAGGGAACCUUUGCUUCACUACGAGCCAUACAGACCCUCCACCUGGCCCAGAACCCAUUUAUCUGUGACUGCCAUCUGAAGUGGCUGGCAGACUACCUCCAAGACAACCCGAUUGAGACCAGCGGAGCUCGCUGCACCUCCCCCCGUCGCCUCGCCAACAAACGCAUCGGACAGAUCAAGAGCAAGAAGUUCCGCUGUUCAGGUACUGAGGACUACCGCGGUAAGCUGGGAGGGGACUGUUUAUCCGACCUGGCCUGUCCUGAAAAGUGCCGGUGUGAAGGGAUGACGGUCGACUGUUCGAACCAGAAACUGAGCAAGAUACCUGAACACAUCCCUCAGUACACACAGGACCUUCGUCUGAACAACAAUGAGUUUACAGUGCUGGAGGCAACAGGGUUCUUUAAGAGGCUGCCUCAACUCAAGAAGAUUAACCUCAGUAACAACCGUAUCAGUGACAUAGAGGAGGGGACAUUUGAAGGAGCGACGGGAGUCAAUGAGUUGAUCCUGACUUCUAACAGACUGGAAAACAUCCACCAGGGCAUGUUGCAGGGCCUCAACGGACUGCGCACACUUAUGUUGAGGAGUAACCGUAUUCGGUGUGUUAGUAACAGCAGCUUUGUGGGUCUGAGUUCUGUCAGACUGCUGUCGCUCUACGACAACCUGAUCACGUCUAUGACCCCGGGGGCCUUCAACACGCUGCACGCGCUGUCCACACUGAACCUGCUGGCCAAUCCCUUCAACUGUAACUGUCACCUGGCAUGGCUUGGUGAUUGGCUGAGGAGGAAGCGUAUCGUCACGGGCAACCCUCGCUGUCAGAACCCUUACUUCCUGAAAGAGAUCCCUAUACAGGAUGUAGCCGGACAGGACUUCACCUGCGACGACGGUAAUGAUGAGAACAGUUGUAGUCCAGUGUUGAGGUGUCCUGCAGAAUGCAGCUGUCUGGACACAGUGGUCCGCUGUAGUAACAAGGACCUCAGCACCCUGCCUAAAGGACUGCCCAAGGACACCACAGAACUGUAUCUGGAUGGUAACCAGCUCACACAGGUUCCAGUGGAACUCUCAAAUUACAAGCACUUAACACUCAUUGAUCUGAGUAACAACCAGAUCAGCACACUGACCAACUACAGCCUGAAUAACAUGACAGAACUACUGACACUAAUCCUGAGCUACAACCGUCUGAGGUGCGUACCGGUCAGGGCCUUCGAUGGACUCAGGUCUCUACGGUUACUGUCUCUCCAUGGAAACGACAUAUCUGUGAUACCGGAGGGAGCUUUCGAAGACCUGGCCUCGCUCUCUCACCUGGCUCUGGGGGCCAAUCUGUACUGUGACUGUAGGAUGCAGUGGUUGUCUGACUGGGUGAAGAGCGGGUAUAAGGAGCCUGGCAUCGCCCGCUGUGCCGGACCUGGAGACAUGACAGACAAACUGCUGCUGACCACACCGUCCAAGAAGUUCACCUGCACAGACGUCCCCGGGCCUUGUGGUCUUCUCGUGCCAGGUCCUCUAGAUGUGAGUAUCCAGGCGAAGUGCGACCCUUGUCUCUCCGACCCCUGUCACAACGACGGAACCUGUUCCAACCACCCCGUCACCUUCUACCGCUGUAGCUGCCCCUACGGAUUCAAGGGUCAGGACUGCGAGGAAACUCUCCAUGCCUGUAUCAGUAACCCGUGUCAAAAUGGCGGAACCUGCCACCUGAAAGACGGAGAGCACAGUAACUACUGGUGUGUGUGUGCGGAGGGUUUCGAGGGAGAUGUGUGUGAGAUCAACGUGGACGACUGUGAAGACAACGACUGCGAGAACAACUCGACCUGCAUAGACGGAAUCAACAACUACACCUGCACCUGUGGCCUGGAGUACACAGGUGAGCUGUGUGAGGAGAAAUUGGAUUUCUGUGCUCCAGAGUUGAACCACUGCCAGCACAACUCCAAAUGCGUCCUGACCCUCCAGGGGUACAAGUGUGACUGUACCCCAGGCUACGUGGGGGACCAGUGUGAACUGGACUAUGACGACUGUGAGGAGAACAAGUGUCAGAACGGAGCUCAGUGUGUUGAUGCCGUUAGCGGAUACACCUGUACCUGUCCUGAGGGUUUCAGCGGUCUGUUCUGUGAGUUCUCUCCUCCCAUGGUUCUGCCGCGCACCAGCCCCUGCGACGACCACGAGUGUAUGAACGGAGCGCAGUGCGUUGUCGUGGAGACGGACCCCCGCUGUCAGUGUCUCCGCGGUUACGAGGGCGAGUGGUGCGAGACGCUAGCCAGCGUCAACUUCGUCGACCGACAGUCUUACCUGCAGCUGCCAUCUAGUCUGAUCACACCCGAGACAAACAUCACACUACAGAUCGCUACAGAUGAGGACAGUGGUGUGUUACUGUAUAAAGGAGACCAGGACCACACCACCAUAGAGUUGUAUAGAGGCAUCACCAUAGAGUUGUAUAGAGGACGUCUCCGUGUCAGUUACCACACUGGAACAAACCCUCCCUCUGCUAUGUACAGUGUGGAGACAGUAAAUGAUGGUGUAUUCCAUGUGGUAGAGUUGGUGGCAUCAGACCAGACUGUGUCUCUGUCUAUUGAUGGAGGACCAGUCAAGUCUAUCAACUCUCUGAGUAAACAGUCAACACUCAGCAUCGAUUCUCCUCUAUACCUGGGAGGUAUGCCAGAUCGUUGGUCAGUCUCUGGAGGUCUGCAGGCCUGGUCCGGUGUGAGGAGCCUGGGGCUGUCUGCAGCGCUGCAGUCUGGCUCCGGGGGACAUAAUGGGACCAGCUUCCACGGCUGUCUCAGGAACCUCUACAUCAACGGACAGCUGCAGGACCUGGGGGUCGGGCUGGAGCAGGGACAGACUGGUGUUGAGGCGGGCUGCCAGCCGUGCCAGGCUGGUGUGUGUGGCCAGGGCGAGUGCCACCCAGCCGGGCAGAGAGGCUUCUCCUGUUCCUGCCAUCCUGGGUGGACCGGAGAACGCUGCCAGGAUCAGGUCAACAACCCCUGUGGUGGGAACAAGUGUAUCCAUGGUUCAUGUCUUCCUAUCAAUUCCUACUCCUACUCCUGUCGCUGCCAGCCUGGCUUCCUAGGGGUGCUGUGUGACGAGGCAGACCAGGAAGUGCUGGACCCGUGUCAGCUGACCAGGUGUAAACAUGGGAAAUGUAGGCUGUCUGGCCUGGGCAAGGCCUACUGUCAAUGUAACCCAGGAUACACGGGGGACGCCUGCGACAGAGAGGUGGUCUGUCGAGGGGAACGGCUCCGAGAUGUCUACCAGCUCCAGAGGGGCUAUUCGGCGUGUGAAACCCAGGAGAAGAUCUCUCGUCUAGAGUGCCGCGGCUCCUGUCCGGAGGGGGCUGAAGGGAGGGGCGGGAGCGGCUGCUGCAGCCCUUUACGUUCCAAACGUAGGAAAUACACCUUCCACUGCACCGACGGCUCCUCCUUCGUACAGGAAGUGGAGAAGGUGGUGAAGUGCGGCUGUACAAAGUGUCCUCCCUCGUAAAACGUCCCCCUCCCCCUGUACCCUGGGAUGAAAGGUUCCACCUCCUGUUCCUGUCUCUCCCUGGAAGGAAACCCGUCCAUCCGUCUCUCCUCCUCAGGCCUCAUCCCCCUCUCAUCCUCCUCCUCUGACCUCAUCCCCCUCUCCUCCUCCG